UCUGGAAUUGCUUUGCUGUACAAUGAGGAGACCAACAAUACCUAUGAUGUCUGCCUGAAAUUGACCAAAGAGGUAUUAACCAUACAGAAGCUGGAUGUGGUUUGCACAAGUGGAAGUGAAUCCCAAGUAAAUCACAGAACUGUUGUACUGCGAAGACAGGCGACUGGCGGCCUGGGCUUAAGCAUCAAAGGAGGGGCUGAGCACAACGUGCCUGUGGUUAUUUCAAAGAUUUUCAAAGAUCAAGUAGGCUCCAUCACCCCCUUCGCCCUCAGCUAAUGAACCAAAGUAUGAGAAGCGCUGGCUGGAUGCCGUCUCCCUGCCCUUGUUGAUGGCCAGAGUCUCCAGAUACAAAGCUGGCACCGAUAAAUUAAGGUCCAACUGUUUUGAAGUCUUUGCCUUGGAUGGAGCCAGCACCAAUAUUCUUCAAUUUUGCACUGCAGCAGAAAGCACAGACUGGCUCCAAGCAAUAUCUACAAAUAUCAAUGACUUGACACAGGAGAAUAUAAAGAUCAUCAACAAGUACUGCUCUUCAGAUGAUCAGAUUGUUCACAUGGGCUGGGCGUGUGAAAGCCCUGAGGGUAGCACUGCUGGUAGAACUUCAGCCUUCAAGUUCCUGGCACUGAGAGGACCGUAUUUUCAUAUCUUCAGAAAUCCCCCGAUCAGUGCUGCUGACUGGGGACAAGCUGAAACUACAUAUAACCUCUAUGAGGUUCUUUUCAAGGUCCACAAGCUGUGGAUGGCAGAGGACUGCUGGCUCCAGGCGAGGCUCUACUUGGGGCUCGAGCAUUCGCCUGAGCAGCAAGACAAUGAGUCUCUGUGCUUCAGCAUUUUGGUGGGCCACAGCCAGAGCCACACCUUCAGGGUAGAGCUGGCCACUGACCUGGCUAUCUGGGAGAAGUCCUUCCAAAGAGCUGUCUUCUUGGAAGUGCAGCGGAUACGAUCCAAAAGCUACAUGUGCAGCAGCCAGGGGAAUGUACUGUGCUUCACCAUAGAUUUUGGAUCAGGCUUCACCUGCUCAGAAGGCCCUUCAAAGACCGUACUGUGGCGAUAUAAGUUCUCGCAACUUAAAGGCUCCUCAGAUGAUGGGAAAACCAGGGUAAAACUCCUUUUCAAGAAUGCUGAAAGCAAACAAAUAGAAAUGAAGGAACUAGAGUUUGCUAAUCUAACAGCCGUCCUUCACUGUAUACAUUCUUUUAUCGCUGCCAAAGUGGCCUCCAUGGACCCUCUCUUUAUGUGCAGUCAAAGCUUCCCUGGAAAUUACAUGAACAGUUAAGAAGACACGCCCUCAUAGUAUGUGCACAACCUGUGGCAAAUCCGUAUUUUAUGCACAGAGCCAAUUAAGUAUAUCUUGUUCUUGCUAUUUUUGUAUGAACUACUGAAAAAUAAAUAUUUGUAAAAGACUGUAGAGGUAGAUAAUGUAUGAAUUAACUGUUGAAGGAAGAUAAUUUCAGUUACACAAGUACAGAAAAACACAAUCCAAAGGGAUUCACAGUUCUUCCAUUUCAUUGAUAUUUUUUCUGUCACUACAUAAUGGACACUGAUUCUGAACGGAGGUUAUUUGUCUACUGUCACAUUGAAAGGCGACACCCGGGCUACCAUAUGGUGUGUAACUGCCAAACAUUUGACAACAUGACACGGAUCGCCAAAUAUAGCAACUGCCACUGCGUUUAGCAGAAAAUCUCAGCAGAUACUGUAUCUAUGAAGAGAUAUGAUGCUGUACCUACAUCUAGUGAGUAAGUUCAUUUUAAAUGACAACAUGAAUUUGAUGCUGGCUUACUGUCAUGGGGGAAUUCACAUUUGCCGCAGAACUUUGAUAGUGAUUUUCUUUCUUUCAAAUCCACAGUUGAACAGUAGUGAAAAGGUAACCUUUCUCUGUUCCCAGUUCUUCUGGUUUACUUUGUGUUUUUGUCAUAUCUGUGAAAUGGGAGGUGGAUGACACAAACACCUUACAAUAUAAUAGUCUAAUAAGCCUCCAAAUAACCACUGAACUGAAUCAACACAUCUCAGAUAUGGUCCAACGAAAAUUAAACAUAAGCCCCACAAUAGCAGCAUUUACUGCAUGGUUACUUUAUUGGCUUUGAUUAAAUUGUAUGAUGUUUGUGUUAUUGCGUCUAUCCUUUGUAUCUGAUAAACACAAAAGGCCAAUGAGGACACUGCACUGAAAUGUGACAUAUCCGCUUAAGUAAGACUUAUUUUUUAUCAACUCCUGUUCUAUUACAGUCAGAAAUGCUGUAUGUCUUCAGUUGCUUCAUGUAACGGUUUCCGUGUGAAAAUGCAUAUUUGCUGUGUUUUCAAUAAACUGCUCAUAAAGCACAAUUGCCUGUCACGAAAGAC